CGCCCGGUUGUAGUGUAAUGUAAUUACAUUAAUCUUCAAUUGUGAACAAUAUUUAAACAAUUCAGUCAAUAGGUAUACAUUGUACUACAAAAUCCUUCAUGCAGUCAAUUUAUAACUUUAAGUUGUUCAACCAGUGUACAAUUGCUGGUUUCUGGUUUAUUUGAAUAUAUUUUCUAACUUCGCAAUCUUGGUCAUCUAGUUCAAUAUUGUUUUAACUGUAAAUAAAAAUGGCCCAGUCGGAUGAUGCCAUGGACGUUGCCGAUAUUGGCGACAAUUCCAAUGGCUCUUCAAGUGACACGACAUCUUCAAGAGGGAAAGAAGGUGAUUUCGAGAGUAAGAUUGAAACUGAUCGUUCCAAGAGAUUCGAUUUUCUACUAAAGCAAACGGAGAUAUUUUCUCAUUUUAUGACCAACACUCCAAAAUCUGGUGGGAGUCCUCCAAAAGCAAAGGCUGGCAGACCCAGAAAGAUAAAAAUAGACACUGAACCUGAAGGUCCUGGAGAUCACAGACAUAGAAAAACUGAGCAAGAAGAAGAUGAAGAACUUCUGGCAGAAACAAAUUCAAAACAAAAGACAAUAUUUAGAUUUGAAGCAUCUCCACAUUACAUAAAAAAUGGAGAAAUGCGGGAUUAUCAAGUUAGAGGGCUUAACUGGAUGAUAUCAUUGUAUGAAAAUGGUAUUAAUGGAAUUUUGGCUGAUGAGAUGGGUCUAGGAAAAACUUUGCAAACAAUUUCUCUACUUGGAUAUAUGAAACAUUUUAAAAACGUUCCUGGUCCUCACAUAGUAAUUGUGCCAAAAUCCACUUUGACAAAUUGGAUGAACGAAUUCAAAAAGUGGUGCCCUUCACUAAAAGCUGUGUGUCUUAUUGGUGAUCAAGAAACAAGGAAUACAUUUAUCCGAGAAACCUUGAUGCCUGGAAACUGGGAUGUUUGCAUUACAUCAUAUGAAAUGAUUAUAAGAGAGAAAUCUGUAUUUAAAAAGUUUAACUGGCGUUAUAUGGUGAUUGAUGAGGCUCACCGUAUCAAGAAUGAAAAGUCUAAAUUAUCGGAGCUACUUAGGGAAUUUAAGAGUAUGAACAGGUUGCUGUUAACUGGUACUCCCUUGCAAAAUAAUCUUCAUGAGUUGUGGGCAUUAUUGAAUUUCCUUCUGCCUGAUGUUUUUAAUAGUUCUGAUGACUUUGACUCAUGGUUUAAUACAAACGCAGCCUUGGGUGAUAACCAAUUGGUUUCACGUUUACAUGCUGUACUAAGACCAUUUUUGCUUCGGAGACUCAAAUCUGAGGUUGAGAAAAAAUUAAAGCCUAAAAAGGAAUUAAAAGUUUAUGUGGGUUUGAGUAAAAUGCAAAGAGAGUGGUAUACUAAGGUUCUUAUGAAGGAUAUUGAUGUAGUAAAUGGUGCUGGAAAGGUUGAAAAAAUGCGACUCCAGAACAUUCUUAUGCAGCUACGCAAAUGUUGUAACCAUCCUUAUUUAUUUGAUGGCGCUGAGCCGGGUCCACCAUACACAACUGAUGAACAUUUAGUAUAUAACUGUGGUAAACUUACUAUACUGGAUAAGCUUUUACCUAAGCUUCAGGAGCAAGAGUCGAGAGUACUUAUUUUCUCACAAAUGACUAGGAUGCUGGACAUCUUAGAAGAUUAUUGCCUUUGGAGGCAAUAUAAGUAUUGCCGUCUAGAUGGUCAAACACCACAUGAAGAUAGAAACCGACAAAUAGAAGAGUAUAAUAUGGAGGGGAGUGAGAAAUUUGUUUUUAUGUUAUCUACACGAGCUGGUGGUCUUGGUAUUAACUUAACAUCAGCUGAUGUUGUUAUUAUUUAUGACUCUGAUUGGAAUCCUCAAAUGGAUCUGCAGGCCAUGGAUAGAGCUCACCGUAUUGGCCAGAAAAAGCAGGUCAGAGUGUUCCGUUUGAUAACAGACAACACGGUUGAAGAAAAGAUUGUAGAACGUGCGGAAGUGAAAUUGCGCCUGGACAAACUUGUAAUUCAGUCCGGUAGACUGGUCGACACUAAGAACCAGCUGAACAAAGAUGAGAUGCUCAACAUGAUCAGACAUGGUGCCAACCACGUCUUUGCGUCUAAGGAUUCGGAGGUUACUGAUGAGGACAUCGAUACGAUUUUAGCUAAAGGAGAGAGCAAGACUGAGGAGUUGAAGCAGAAAUUGGAGAGCCUGGGCGAGUCGUCCUUGCGAGCAUUUUCAAUGGACACUCCUGGCGCGACCACCGACUCAGUUUAUCAAUUUGAAGGCGAGGAUUACAGAGAGAAGCAAAAAGUUAUCCCAAUGGGUAGUUGGAUAGAGCCGCCUAAGCGCGAACGUAAAGCUAAUUAUGCCGUGGACGCCUACUUCAGAGAGGCUCUACGUGUAUCUGAACCGAAGGCGCCAAAGGUACAGGCUCCGCGUCCACCGAAACAGCCCAUCGUACAGGAUUUCCAGUUUUUCCCACCACGACUUUUUGAGUUGCUUGAUCAAGAAAUAUAUCAUUAUCGCAAAACCUUAGGAUAUAAAGUUCCACGUAAUCCAGAAUUGGGUCCAGAUGCCGCGAAAAUUCAGAGAGAGGAACAGAGAAAAAUAGAUGAGGCAGAAGCGCUUUCUGAAGAAGAAGUACAAGAAAAAGAACAAUUACUAACUCAAGGUUUCACUAAUUGGACAAAACGUGAUUUUAACCAGUUCAUAAAAGCAAAUGAAAAAUACGGACGAGACGAUAUCGAGAAUAUUGCAAAAGAUGUUGAAGGAAAAACACCAGAAGAGGUUAUGGAGUACUCAGCUGUAUUUUGGGAACGUUGCCACGAACUUCAAGAUAUAGAUCGAAUUAUGGGUCAGAUCGAAAGGGGCGAGGCUAAAAUUCAACGACGAGCCUCUAUUAAGAAAGCGUUGGACGCUAAAAUGGCGCGGUACCGAGCACCAUUCCACCAACUUAGAAUCUCUUAUGGAACAAACAAGGGCAAAAAUUAUGUUGAAGAGGAAGACAGGUUCUUGGUGUGCAUGCUGCACAAGUUAGGAUUCGAUAAAGAAAACGUAUACGAGGAACUUCGGGCUGCGGUACAUUCCGCGCCACAGUUUCGUUUCGAUUGGUUUCUAAAGUCAAGAACAGCCGUCGAAUUACAACGUCGAUGCAAUACCCUCAUUACUUUAAUUGAACGAGAGAAUCAAGAGCUUGAAGAGAAAGAACGAGCCGAAAAGAAAAAGAAAAGCGGUAACGUCAAUCCAAGUACGCCAGGCGGCAACGCGGCUGGCAAAGGCGCUAACGCAGGCAAACGCAAAGCUGACAACACUACUGAUAGUGCACAGAAACAGAAGAAAAAGAAAACUAAGUAAUUCUUAUCACACUGCGACAAGACUUGUCGUAAUUUAUCCUACAGCUAGACAAGUAUCUAUUUGAAUGUGAUCAAAAUCGAUACUAACGCAUCGUCAACCAGGGAAAUAAAAUAUUUGAUAAUUACCCUUAAAAUGUUUGACAGAAAGCUUAAACUAUAUACACACAAAUAUUAUAUCAUAAAACAGUUCCUUACAAAUGUGAUUUCUCUAUUUGUAAGAUUGUCUUCUUAAUAGUCUUUUCAAAAAUGUCACUCACAUUCAAAUCGAGCCUUGUCAGUUUUUAAUACUGAUUAUUUUAUUUUCAACGUAGACGUUCGUCUCAAACCUGCCGAAAAGGUGAAGUCCAAUAGUAUUAACAAACGUAUUGAAAGCUUGAAUGUGAUUUUGAUUUUAUAGAUUAUUGUGUCUGUUUGAAAAUUGUAUGUCUAUUUAUUUGUAGAUUCAGACAAUUACUUCAUUUACUUACUUAAAUGCGGCUUAUACGUGCUAUGCGCAAAUAAUGGUUUUGUUAACUGGUGGUGAAACUGUAUUGUGAAUUCUUUACUUUGAUCAAAGAACAAACUGAAAAAAGCGAUCGCGUAAAAGUAAAAAGUGGUAACCAUUCAUAUAAUUCAGUUAUAAAGAAUAUAAAUAACAAAAAUAUAAUAAAUAUAAAUAAAUAAAUUCAGUUAUUCAGUCUUUCGUGGUUCCUCCCAGCAGACUUGCUGUAUGAUGUUAGAAAACGUGAAGUAUUUUUUUCAUUUAGAGGAUUCAUUUUAUCAUUUCUUAAAAGGAAGCAGAAGCGUCCUCUGCCUUGAAAUAUUUCGGUAUCCAUUUUUAAUUCGCUGUGCAUUCAACUUGAGUUAUUGAUUAAUUUCCUGAAUAAAUUUAAUAUGAAUAAAAAUAAACAAUAAACGCAUAUCUAAAGGCUAUGUUACAUAGUUUGUGGUAGUAUCUAUCUAUCGUUUUGUUUUUAAUCUCAAGGCCAUGAAAUUUCGACUGAGCGAUGUUUCUGUUCUUCUCAAGGAAUGUUCCUUAGAACAGAUACAAAUAUUAAAUAACAAUAACAUAAUUAACAAACAUUAACAAUACAAAUAUUAUUGGUGACAUCUAGCAUGUAUGUAUAUUCCGCAAAACUUCCUGUGAUUUGCCCAUAACUUUGCAGUACAAUAAGUAACAUUUAAGUUAGAUGAUAUUAUUGUGUCAAAAACUACUUUUAAUAGCUUGAUGUGAAUUUGUAAACACGGUUUGUAGAAAUUUGCAUUAAAGUGA